CGCGUCGACAUUCGGAUAAUAUUGAAGCCAUGGAUGUGUGACACUGGGCGAAGGGGAUCAAAUGACAGGCUGACGUCAUCCCGUCAUUGUAUAUUAAGCAUGAGCUGCUGCAUGCAAGAUAACUACACCCCCCUGUUUAAUGAUGCAUUUGAGGUGAUACACCAUCAGCAACAUCAGCACCCCGCCACCCAGCUUAGACAGGAUCCCAGCCUCCAGUAUCUGCCAAGUCCUUCACUCUCGAUGUACAACUUCCAGCAUUACCAGGAGGCCAGCCAAGCUCCUCACUGCGCUCUGGAUGUCCAGUCCCAACAUUUGCAGGACACUAUGGAUUUUAACCUCGACAGCAACAAGUUCAUGUAUGAGAAUGGAUCCCAGAACCCCAGCUAUUUUCCAGACAAUCACAUUCAAGAUUUAUUCAUCCCAAGGCAAGGAAAAGGCAGGAAGAGGCUGCGCCUUUACGAGUUUCUGAGUGAAUCUCUCCAUGAUUCCCAGAUGUCCGACUGCAUCCAGUGGGUGGACAGGAAAAGCGGCGUCUUCCAGUUCAUCUCCAAGAACAAGGAGAAAGUGGCGGAGCUGUGGGGCAGGAGGAAGGGCAAUCGGAAAACCAUGACCUAUCAGAAAAUGGCCCGAGCUCUCAGGAACUACAGCCGGACGGGAGAGAUUGUGAAAGUCCGCAGAAAGUUAACCUACCAGUUCGAUGCCCAAGUCCUGCAGAGACUUGGAAAUGGCCCAAGCUUUCACAAUCCACACACCGACCAUGAACACCAUGGCUGUGAUCACUGGCAUUUCAGCUACAACUACAAUGAACUUUUACAUGAAAAUUGCAUAUGAAGAAUCCUGGUUUAAGCUAACCCAUGUUCUUUAUAAUAAAAUAUUGCAGACAAACUGCAAUUGAAAGAACUCAACAUUCUAAAUCCUGUAAAUAUCUUUUACUCUUUAAGCCAGUCUGUGUCAUGUUUCAGCCCAGUCUAGUGUCAU